CCCGCCGCCGCUGCCGCUCCUACUCCCAUCCCGCCGGCCCUUUCUGCCUCGUCAUCUCCUGCCCCACCGAGGCUCGACCGGAGAGUGGGGCCGCCGGCAGCGCACGGACCGGGAGCUCCACCCCUACCCCCCGCUGGGGGAGGGCAGAGAAACUGAGAUUGGGCAAAAUCCGCGCCCCGACAGCACGAGCCGCUCCCAGAGGAGCCCCCACCAUGGGCAACGCGCAGGAGAGGCCGUCAGAGACGAUCGACCGGGAGCGGAAACGUCUGGUAGAGACGCUACAGGCAGACUCAGGGCUGCUGCUGGAUGCGCUGCUGGCACGGGGCGUGCUCACCGGACCAGAGUACGAGGCGUUGGACGCACUGCCUGAUGCCGAGCGCAGGGUACGUCGCCUGCUGCUGCUGGUGCAAAGCAAGGGCGAGACCGCCUGCCGUGAACUGUUGAACUGCGCCCAGCGAACCGUGCACGCGCCCGACCCCGCCUGGGACUGGCAGCAAGUGGGCACUGGCUACCGGGAACGAAGUUACGACCCUCCGUGCCCAGGCCACUGGAGUCCUGAGCCAGCUGGCUCAGGGAUCGCAUGCCCCUGGCUGCCUAGAGCUUCAGAUUGCGACGAGGCCCAGAGUCCUGAGGACUCCGAGGCAGCACAAUCCGGAACUCCUGAAGAACCUGAGCCACAGCUGGAAGCUGAGGCCUCUGAAGAGGCCGAGCCGAAGUUGGAACCCCAAAUGGAUCCCGAACCAGAGGCAGAGGCAGAACCAGAACCAGAGCCUGAACUGGAGCCAGAGCCUGACUUCGAGGAGGGAGAUGAGUCUGAAGAUUCCUGAGGGCCAUAGCACUGACAGAUCCCUCCAUGCCCUAGCAGGAUAGCAUCAGGGAUCCUGCCUUCCUGGGGCUCAGAUUCCAUCAAGGCUCCAUCUGGCCCAUUACCACUGAGGGUGAAUAAACUCUGGAGGGUCAGCCUGGA